AUGAUUCGAUACACCACGGUUAGCGAAAAGAAAGAACAGCAUUUCAAUAAGUUAUAUGUGCUGGACCACGACGUUCUAGAGAACGGGAGCGACCCACUGGCAUUCUCUUGGCCGGCAAAGACCUUCUCAAAAACUGAUCCGGUUAAGGUUCCAAAGUUGGAGGCGUGGUUGAUAAACGAGGAGCUCGAGCAGGAUCAAUCCAAGGUGUUUGUGAUGGAGGAUAUUACUGACAAAGAUCCUGAGACGGCUUAUGACCUACUGGUUACACGCAAGCGAAUGCCCAUUCCCAAGGACUUCUUGGAUAUCACUUGGGACGGAACGUUGGCACGAGAAGUCUUGCGAUUGGUGAUUGACAGAAUCAAGAUGCUCACCAACAGUGAGGAGCCCAAAAAAUUUCGGAAGAGAGAUCAGCUUUCGAAGAACGUCAGAGAACCUGCUGUUCUCACUGCGACAUCGGCCCGAUGUUGGGUUUCCGGAGUAAUCAGUUUGGAUUUCGCCGGAUUGGACUCGGAGGACUCAGAUUCCCCCGACAAGACCUACGAACUGCUCACCAAGACCUUGGUAGCCGUUGAGGAGAGUAAAAAGGCGACCAAGACCUCCGUGGAAUCGCUUUCGGAGGUAGUGGUAGCGGGCAUCCAUGGCCAAGCAUCGGACAAGGCGCCCCCAAAUACAGUGGAAAAGAAGUGGUCCACAAGGCUCUCCUAUCUGACCUUGGUGGAACUGGAACUUUGUUUGCGCGGCAACGUGGAAAAGGGUUUGAACGUGUUUAAUAGUGUCUGUUUCCAGCACUACAAAAAUGGAAAUGCGAUCAAUGAUUACAACAAGAGCGAUUAUUGGUUGACGGGCAAAAAGACGGCCGCUUCAAUGAAAGAUCAUCAAGCCCACGACAAGAUCAAGCACGCUAUCCCCAAAGGAUCCCAUGCAAACGUGGAUUCCAUUGCACAAAAGUUGGGAGUGUCCCUUCAAGAGCGAGCUCUCGAGAGAUUUCUAUUCGGAAUCUAUUCCCAAAUUGAUCGUUACUUUGAGCCUUUGGUUAGAUCCAGCACGAAUGCAGAAGAAAACCUACCCGACUUGGGCACCUACGUGGAGACAUGCUACCAUGGAGGAAGCCCACCAGAAUCCAACUUGUUUGGCGUCGCAUGGAACAGGAGGCAAGACGGAGAGUCAACUGAAGAGAGAAAGGAAAGGGCCCAGAAGAAGAGCCUGGGCGAAUCAGUAAAAAAUUCUGACAUGAACGAAGAACAUCACUACACCGGAAGAACUAAGACUGAGUUAAUCAAACGGACAGGCAAACAGCCUCCAAAGCACGCCGACGGAAAAGAACUGUGCCUCAUUUGGCACACAAAGGGCGAAUGCAAGGAGAACUGUGAACAUGAUGCUGCACCAGACAUUGUUCAUUCGGAGCCAUGGAUCCAGAGCCAACUUGACAUGCAAGUAGCUUGGGGCUGUCAUGCAUCAGCAAACGAAUUCAAAAAGUUUCUGAUGGAGGAGUUUUUGGAUUUUGGAAGGAAGGGAUUUUGGAUCCUACUUCCAUAUGAUGCAAUCAAGGACGAAAAAGGACUUUGCCCUUUUCCAAUUGGCUGUGUACCACAAGAUAACAGAAGACCUCGGAUGAUUGUUGAUUAUUCGUUCUGGGGACUCAACGACGAGACAAUGAAACUUGCCCCAGAGGGAGCUAUGCAAUUUGGCAAGGCCCAACUACGCAUCCGAGAGGCACUCAUGAAGGCAAACCCAGAAUAUGGGCCAGUUUACAGGUACAAGAAUGACAUGUCUGAUGGUUUCUACCGCAUUUGA